AUGAUUUUCCAGGUUCUCUUUGGGGGUUUAACCCUUUCCACUGCCAUCGGUUCAGCAGCCAAUGCCAAUGUCAAUACGAAUGCCUGUUAUGGAUCCAAUGUGAUCUCAACACCUUCAGAGGAUCAUCGCCCUGUGCCAUGGGGUACCCCUAGUGUCCAUUUUUCGUCAUUAAAUGGUACGCUAACUACGUGCUGUGACUCUCUGGACGAGAUCCGCACCGCGCUCGAUGAUAUCGACGAUCAAAUACUCGAUCUCCUAAAUCAACGAGCCGCAUACGUCCGCGAGGCAACUCGUUUCAAAUCCACUCGAGCAUCUGUGAACGUUCCCUCGCGCAAUGAGGCCGUCCUCAAGCAGGCAGAGCAACAGGCGGUGCAUAUUGGGGUGCCAGUAACAAUUGCCCGGGCGGCCAUAGGGGCCAUUCUGAACUCUAGCGUGCCUUUUGAAGAGUGCAUUUUUGAUGCCUAUACUCAGUAG